CCCGGACGUCACUUCCUCCAGCCUCUCUCGCUUCCAUCUUGCUCCCCGCGUGUGCUCGUUGCUAGUGUGCAGGUCAGUGAGGAGCUCUAAAAUACCUUAUUUCCUGCACUGUUUCUGCUCUUCUCCAACUGCACACGAUGAAAGAAAUAAUAAUGAAUCAAGAAAAACUUGCCAAACUUCAGGCACAAGUCCGCAUUGGCGGCAAGGGCACCGCUCGCAGAAAGAAGAAGGUCGUGCACAGAACCGCAACAGCAGAUGACAAGAAACUUCAGUUCUCCCUAAAGAAACUAGGCGUCAACAACAUCUCUGGUAUCGAAGAGGUGAACAUGUUUACGAACCAGGGGACAGUGAUCCACUUCAACAACCCCAAAGUGCAGGCCUCCCUGGCAGCCAACACCUUCACAAUCACUGGCCACGCCGAAACCAAGCAGCUGACAGAGAUGCUGCCCAGCAUCCUCAACCAGCUGGGAGCAGACAGCCUGACAAGCCUCCGGAGACUGGCUGAGGCUCUACCCAAACAGGCUGGAGAUGGAAAAGCACCAAUUGCCCCCAUAGAGGAAGAGGAUGAUGAUGUUCCAGAUCUGGUGGAGAAUUUCGAUGAGGCUUCCAAGGAUGAGGCAAACUAAAGAAAAAAAGACCUUCAGGAGUCUCAACAGGACUUGACUGGGUUGGAUAAGGGCACUAGGUGUUAUUUUUUUUAUUUAAUUUUUUAUUUCUUGCCACCCGACUCAUACUUUUUUGUGCACUGUGGUGUCCGUGUCCAGUUUGAGUCAGUGAGAGAUUGUACGGGUUCUGUGGUUCGUGCUCUUCAUAUUCUCUUCAGCUGUUUCUUCCAUGUUACUGAACCUGAUUUCUUUGCAGUCUGGCUGAAACUAUAUCUGGAAUAAACAUUUUGCUAUUGUCAA